AUGCCCGCAUUUGACGAAGACGACGACCGAUCCCAGGAUGGCAGUUUCGACAAUGACAACGAUGAGACAAUGCAAGAUCUGGAUGAUGCGGAAGCAGAUGCUGACGGUGAUGGCGAUGCAGAUGGGGAUCAAGAUGUGGAUGGCGAUGGGGAUGGAGAUGGAGAUCUAGACGGUGACGCUGACGCUGACGUUGAGGCUGAUGCAGAGGCCGAGGCUGAGGGCGAGGGCGAGGCUGAGGGCGAGGGCGAGGGCGACGAGGAUGAAGACGCGGAGAGCCAGUCCGAGCAAUCUGACAACGAGGAUGCUUCUGGAGAACAGAACGCAACCCAAGAAAGUACUCAACUGGCUUCGUCCACACAGGUUGACUCGUCCCGAGGAGCGGCAACCGGAUCCAAUAUCUCCUCAGAAUAUCUCGAAGCACUAACGUAUGAUAUCGUCCCAACCAUCGCCGCCCCUCACAGCACAUCUAUCAAUGCUGUCACCACUACUGCAGACAUGCGAUGGGUCUUUACUGGGGGCUCUGAUGGUUAUAUUCGCAAGUUCAAUUGGGUUGAUUCGGUCAACUUCAAACUCGCCCUUACGGUGGCUCAACGGCAUCCCUUCGUCGACAGUGUGGUCAAAGCCGGGGUCCUAAUGACAUAUUGGGAGAAUUGGGACGCUCGACCAAAUACCACUCAGACGCUAUCUCCUGUAUACUCCCUUGCUUGUCAUAGCCAAGCGCUAUGGCUGCUAUCCGGUACUGCAUCAGGUCCCAUCAGGCUGCAAUCAAUCAGACACGAUGAGGGAAGGGAGAUCGCCUUGCUGCAGAAACACACGUCCGCGGUCUCAGUUCUUACAAUCUCCUCCGACGAGAAAAGUUUACUAUCCGGAAGUUGGGAUAAGACGGUCUUGGACUGGGAUUUAAACACGGGCCAAGUGCGAACCACAUUCGCCUCCAGCGCCAGCCAGAUAUCCUCCAUCGAAGCUCGUCCACUGUCAUCGGUUCCUGUCCCCGUCGAAUCAGGAGAGGUCGUUGUAACUAAUGGGACCUUCUCAUCCAACGACAGUAAACCACUUACUAAUGGUGUCAAAAACGAGCCCCCGAGUCGCGAUACCCAAGACCAUCCCGCAGUUGCUACUCCAGAUUCUCUAUUUGGGGAUGAUGACGACGACCUCUUCGGAGGCGGAGCAGGAGGAGUCAUGGGUAAUGGUACUGACCUCAACGGCGCCUUCGGCGAAGAGGAUGAUGAAAUGGCGCGCGCAAUGGCAAACGGUCCGCAACCAGAAGAACUAGUCGAUCAUCCCAUGCUGGAUUCUGCGGAGCAGGCUGCUCAUGAUACCACAGCUCCCGCUCAAGACGACUCGAAUGCCCCUGAAAACGCCCCCGAAGUGGCCAAUGGCGAGCCGAACACCGUUGAGCAGCCGCUCGUCAACGGCUUGCCACAUGCGGAGGACCUCGAAAAGGAGGACGACACCCAGAACGAUACGCAGGAUAGUGAAGCCCCGACUGCAUCUGACUCCACUUUUCUUGCGACAUCUAUUGACGGGGCAAUCCGCGUCUGGGAUCGAAGACAGUCCAAACCAGUCGCGCGCAUUCUACCACGGAACACACCUCCUUGGUGUCUGAGCGCUUGUUGGUCUCCUGACGGUAACUUCAUCUAUGCAGGACGGCGAAACAACACUGUGGAAGAGUACGACCUGCGGAAGGGACUUAAGGGGCCUGAACGAGUUUUCCGAUUCCCAAAUGGAAGUGGUGCAGUCACAUCAGUCAAGGCUAUGCCCAACGGACGCCACCUAAUCUGCGCUUCCUAUGAUAUAUUACGAUUAUAUGAUCUGAAGGAGUCACAGUCUCAACGAUCAACCGUCCCCUUCUUGAUCGUGCCCGGCCAUCGGACUGGGGUUGUGUCACAUCUGUAUCUUGAUCCGGCGUGUCGGUUUAUGCUGUCUGCUGGGGGUAACCGGGGUUGGGAAGGUGCCUCGACCGAGGUGCUUUUGGGCUAUGAAAUAGCUCCCGGCCGAUGA